AUGAAAGCUUGCGACAUGGGACUUCUCUUAGGUGCACCCAUAUUGGACAACAUUUUAACAAGGAUGGCAACUGAGUUUCAAAAGAUUGUUCAUCCAUACAGCGAAAGGGUGAAUGAUGACGGGUCUGUUUAUCACCAAGCAGAAAGACAGCAAAAUCUUUGCAAACAACAAGAUUUAAGAGUUGCUCAUACUGAAGAUGCUUGUGGGAAAAGGAAAAUAAGUAACGAUGUUAAUAAACAAAGUGAAGCAUUCACAGGGAGCAGUUCUGUAAAGAAAAGAAAAAGCUUUGAAAUACCAGGGAUUGAUAAGAAGUUUGAAAUUCAUCAUGUCCAUUGCCCAUCACUAGAAGCAUUUUUAAUAAACUACAUGCAGAAAGACAAACCAGUUAUUCUUGAGGGAGUAAUGGAUCAUUGGCCUGCCAGAACAACUCAUCAUUGGAGCAUAAAGUAUCUUAAGAGCAUUGCUGGUUGUCGCACUGUGCCUGUUGAGCUGGGUUCUCGAUACACGGAUGACACCUGGACACAAAAAUUAAUGACAGUUGCAGAUUUUAUUGAUAAUUAUGUUAAUCCAGUUGAGAGUGGUCAGGACUCAAAAAUUGCUUAUCUAGCUCAGCAUCAGUUAUUUGAUCAGAUACCAGAAUUAAGACGUGAUAUUAUCACACCUGAUUACUGUUGCCUUGGUGACAGUGAUAAUGAUGUUAUAAUUAAUGCUUGGUUUGGGCCCAGAGGUACCAUUUCUCCAAUGCAUCAUGACCCCUAUCACAACCUGUUAGCGCAAGUUGUUGGUGAUAAGUAUUUACGCUUGUAUUCUAAGACUGAAUCAGACAAGUUGUAUCCUCACAAGUCUACGCUACUGGAUAACACAAGCCAGGUAUUAAAUAACUCCUUAUUACAAGUACCACCAGCUCUCAUAAGUGACCACCAUUGGUGUAGGAACAGGUGGAGAUAGGUACAGCACCCAUUCGGUUCAGAGUUAAAGCUACAAUCAGUCACAAAAUUGUUGAGACAUUGUCCUCAAAUGGGGUAACUUUGGAGAGCAAAAAAAUCCACACCCCUCCCCCUUUCCGUCCAUUCAAGCACACUGCUUUCUGUAGAUGCUUCAUUUUGUCCAUACAGGUGGCUCAAACAGUGGCACAACAUUGCAUGGAAGGGUUGGGGGAGGGCAAAGUGUCUUAAAUAAUUUUGUUGCCGAUUGUAGGAUAUGACCAUCUCCCUGUUAGCUCAUUGGAUAAGUGCCUGUCUACCAAGCGGGAUGCUGCUGGUUCAAACCCCAGCCAGACCGACACUCAGGGUCUUAAACUAACUGAGGAGAAAGUGCUGCCUUUAAAAAGACAUCUGCUGACAGCUACACUUUCUUCUUGGAGAAGGAUGAUAAACUGUAGGCCCUGUCUCACAAUCCUUGCACAAAUGAAUUUUUUGGGAUGUUGAAAUAGCCACACACUGUCCAUAAACGGUAGGGGACAUGUGGUGGUCUAUCUCUCAUUGGCAGGGUUUUGAUAAGAUUUUGAGUAGGUGGAGAAGGAAAAAACUCAUGGCAAAGGCACGACUUGCGAGUGCAAGUUUCUGGAAAAUUUUUAAAUUUGGGCCUCUUAGAAUGCUUUUCCAGCAUUCUAGAGCAAAAAUUAGUGUUUGAACAGAACACAGACAUCAUUAAUUUUUGGCUUUUUUAUUCAGUUACAGCAUAUGAAUACUCAAUUUAAACUGGGUUAAUUUCCAAAGAAAAGUAGGCGGCAAGAUCACGAGAAAUAGCUGGCAAAUUUCGCUGGCCACCAGCUCGUAUUGAAAACCCGGCAUUGAGGAAGGGUCUGUUAAGGGACCACAGUACUUAGUGUCAAGUGCUGUUGCAGUGACACAGCCAAGAAUUGUGAACCUAAGUAAAUAAACCAGGCAUUCACCCCAACUCUCAAUGAGGGGGAUUGGGGCAAAUGGACGGUACCAAAAUACCGUGAAGCAUCUUCUUUUACAAAAUACCGUCAGCCAAAAGAAUGAAAAACCACGUACCGCGGGGCUCAAUGAUACUGCAAUACCACACAUUAAAAUUAAAAUACCGCAAUGCUGUAAACCGUAAUGUCCCCCUCCUCAACCUGGCAGUAUUGAAACCAACAUGGAAAAAAAGAUCAAACUAGGUGACCACAGGACAUCCCAACACCCACCUGCCUAAAACGGUGCUUCAUUCUUAGGCUCUGAAACAUGCACAAACAUUUUUUUUCAUGCAUUGAUGAAGCAAAAAAACACUGUGUGCACUUCAAAAUGUGUUCUUUGUUAAUUAAUCCAAUACCUGAUAUGUAAUUCACUUCUCAGUCCCCCGGUUGGGGUGACAGCUUUUCUAUUUUUAUUUAUUUAUUUUUUUUUUUUUUUCAGGUGGAUGUCGAAAAUCCAGACUUGAUUGCAUUUCCUGAAUUUUCAUCUGCUGUUUAUCAGGAGUGUAUCCUGAAGGAAGGACAGAUGUUGUAUAUUCCACCUUAUCAUUGGCAUUAUGUUAGGUCACUUUCUCUGAGUUUCUCAGUCAGCUUCUGGUGGAACUAA